AUGGAUCUGAAACUGAUGGCUGACCGGCCUACACCCACCGAACCCUUAGCCCUUGCUUCAAUUAGAGCAACAUACGAAUCCGCAGAAGCAUCUAAUAGCGAUUCAGAGAAUCAGUUCGGAAUGAAUGCUAUACUUUUGAUAUUGUACUUUCUUUCGCCUCUAAUUUAUUUUUUAUUUUAUUUAUAUUUAAUAGUAGAUUCCAGUAUCCGACCAGCUAUUCUGAAUGAAUCAGAUCUGUUUCUUUCUGAUGACGCUGUUGAACAAAUUGUGGAUCAGACAUUCCAGCAAGCAGACUUCAAUGGUGACGGGAAGAUUGAUCCUGAUGAAUGGAAAGCGUUCGCGAGUAAAAACCCAGCUUUGCUGAAGAACAUGACUCUUCCAUACUUUAAGGACAUAACCAUGGCAUUCCCCAGCUUUGUUUUGAACUCUGGUGUUGGCGAUUCAGAGUUGUAGCCUUGUAGCACCCUUGGAUGCACUCCAUGCUCUUUCUUAAUAUUGCUCAUAAAUGGGCAUGGCCAAACUAUGGGGACAGUGCUAGCUCAGGUUGCUAGACAUCAGCACAAGUAUCCGAGGUCUCAAGUCUCAGACAUGCAGCAACCUCCCCUCGGUGCAUAUUAUCAUAUAGAAAGAAACGUAGCUAUUCCGUAUCUAGUUUGUGUCUAGGUUUAUUAUUCAACUAUGGAGAUGAGGAAUCAAAUCAACGAGAAAUACUAUACUAGAACUAUACUAGACUAGAAAUUUCAUCAACGGGAAAUAAAUGACUAUACUAUACUAGACUAGACUAGAAAUUUCUAGUAGCGAAGGAAAAGCGUGAAACAAUGUCAUGUCGCGACUCGACAUGUUAGAAGGAGCUAAAUCAAUAGGUGCCGGAGCUGCUACAAUUGCUUUAGCGGGAGCUGCUGUCGGUAUUGGAAACGUCCUCAGUUCUUCGAUUCAUUCCGUGGCGCGAAAUCAUCCUUCAUUUCUAGAAAUUAUUCUGACCAUUUUUCCUAGUGUCAUUCCAUUGUUCAUUGCUACUAGUGUCAUUCUUUUUUCUUUUGUUAUUAAAAAAGCUAAGUUCCAAUGUGUCUCCUCCUCUCUUUUUUUUGUUUUAUUAAAAUUCAUUCCCUUUUUACAAAUUUUCAUUUUUGCUUUUAUAGUCUUUUUUCGACUUAUCCUCCCCGUAGGACAGGUUUUAGCCCAUCUGACUUGUUGCUCCUCAUUUCUUAUAUCUCUACCGCCAGAGAUUCAAAACCCACAGGCUCUAGCUCAUUUAGAAGGGCUAAACUUCUAUCUGAGCCUUUACGAGCAGGAUCCGGAGUGGGUUGCGUUCAUUCAGCAGGAGCUGAAUCACAACACCCCUCUGGAGGACAUACCUGGGCGGCUAAGGCUCUUCCUAAUGGAAGAAAGGACAUCAAGUUUGAGGCUUGAUCUAAUUCAGGAGUUUAUUUCACAGUACGCGAGGAACGAAGCCGUACUUCCCGUCGAGCCCUACCUUUUGGAGGGGGCGCUUCGUUCCUAUUUAGAUUUUCUUCGUUCCACUGAUAAUUUCUCCAUUCUCCAGGCAGCUUAUCAGGAUCUGCGGGAGAAUGAGGGAGGAUCCGUUUUUUUUUCAGAGUCGCACAACCGUGAUUUCCUGGAGGCCCAAAGCGCGAAAAGGACGUGGAUAGAAGCGGAACGGAGAUGGUUGUGUCAAGCAAUGGAACAAGAAAAAGCAAGGCUCGAAAGAGCUGAAUUCCAACAUGCGCAACUAAUCUUCCAAUGGGAAGAUCGACAGAGGGAUAAGAAUAUUCAUAUUAAUGAUAUGCCGCUUGGAUCUGCAAAUGACCAGGCGUGAUCAGUCUCUUAGACAGUUUAAAAACCACUUUAUCAUACUUUAAAAGCAACAAGCACCUUUAUGUGACCUAACAGGACUUUUGAAUUAACUCAGUGAUUUUGCAGACGGAGGAGAGGAAAUGAAAGCAGAAGAAGUUAUCGAAACUCGGAACCACAUGUUCAAUCUUUUUUUAGCGGUUUCCCCAGAGAUCUUUCUCAUUAACGCAACCUUCAUUUUGCUCAUUCAUGGAGUUGUAUUUAGUACCUCUAAGAAAGAUGAUUAUCCACCGUUAGUUAGUAAUGUGGGUUGGCUUGGAUUACUUAGUGUUGCGCGCCUAGGAGGGCAGCGCGCUUGGGAUGCGGAGGAGCUAUUAUCGCCCAGCUCCCUAACCUAAUGCGGCCGGACCGCAGGGAACCUUAGCAUGGGGGGACGUCCUAAUCCUUUUGCCGCCGCAAGGCUGGCUAAUCGUACGCAGCAGGAGCAAGGGAACUCCCCUGGUUCAGGAAGGCACAUGAGUCCGAACGCUAUUAUGAAUGUGCGACCGACACUACACUACGUAGGUACCUGUGCAUGCAGGUGAGGCGUCGGUCGGUCCUAGAAACGGCGGCAGCUAGCGAGGAGUUAACGACCGGACGUGCUGCAACCUAGGGAUCACCAGGCAGCUCUUUCGCUCUAUAGGGAUAUCGGGGGGGGGCAUAGCACAAUUCUUCUCGGAGGAGGGUUGGUUUGCCCAGGUGACUGAUCCUGCCAUAAUAUACUCCCGCCAAUUCUAUUGCACCGGCAACCGAAGUCGAACAUACAUACGACGAUCUUCAUGCGUGAAGGGACGGGAGGAAAGAAAGGGCGGUAGAUGAUAAUGCGAAAGGGCGCCGCGUCUGGGCGGGCGGGCUGAAUGGAUGAGCGAAAGAUGCCAUGGAGUGGGGAAUAUCCCCAGUCUAAAGUUAUACAACUAAAUGCACUUCAAGGUGCUGCCGAGGAACUGGGGGACCUUCUCGAGCACAGGAUAGGCAAUUGAGAGAUAGAGUUAGCCUAUUCGUUAUGGGGAAUCAAUGCUCCGGACCGAAUAGUUACCUCCUUUUCUUUCUCUGGCGCAUAUUAGCUUAGCAGCGCUCAAAAGGCCCAGGUUGGUUUGUUUGGCUUCCUCUCUUAGGCCACUUUCCUUACCUUACUCCCGCAACACUCCCACUCCAAGCUACGCCUGCUGAGCAAGAUGCAUUGCGAUUUCCUCUUCUGUGGACGCACCUUCGCCUCACCAUGACCCGGGACGGGAAGAGAAAGACUUUGAUUUUUCCGGCGGGCUUGAUAGUAAAGCCAAAGAAAGACGCCCCAAGACAAGGUACAACUGUUGGGAAGGGGGCAUGAUCAAUAGAACCCGGCUGGAUCCGGGCUGGGAUAGUGGCGCCCAUUCCUAACCAGUUCAGAAAAGGUUCGCUCAUGCUGGAGGUACUAACCACUUAGUGAUCGGUCCGCUAGUUCACGCAAAUCCGAAGAAGUUAUCACGGACGAGCCACAUGCAGGGAAACUUGCACGUGUGGUUCUGGCCGGGCUUUCCUUCGGUAUCUAAUAACCUUGCUUCUGCUCGCCGCUGGCGCACCUCUCCUAACUAUUGCCCAUUUAUUCUGGAAUCAUUUUUUUAGGAGGGACAAUUUUACAUAUUUCUGCCAAAUCCUUCUAUUAUUAAGUACGGCUGGUACCAUUUCGAUGUGUUUCGAUUCUUUCGAAAAAGAGAGGUUUGAUGCUUUUGAAUUCAUUGUAUUAAUUCCACUUCCUACUCGCAGUAUGCUCUUAAUGAUCCCGGCUCAUGAUUUAAUUGCCAUGUAUUUAGCUAUUGAGCUUCAAAGUUUAUGUUUUUAUGUGAUCGCAGCAUCAAAAAGAAAGUCUGAAUUUUCCACGGAAGCCGGCUCAAAAUAUUUGAUCUUAGGUGCAUUUCCCUCUGGAAUAUUAUUGUUCGGGUGCGACCGGACUACUACCGAUCAAUUUUUGGAAACUUCUUUAUAGACUUGUAGAGACCCUCUAUGUAGUUGUAAUUCUUGGGCAAUCGAUCUACUUUCCCCAUAGCCCUAAGGCUGUGUCUCGAUCUCCUACGUGCGAAAGAUAAGAUACGGGAGACGGGGUCCUAUGGUAUGGGUCUUCGACCCUUGGUCUAAUUCCACGACGGAGAGUCGGCGUGGCGUAAAGUGAAGAUUGGGGGGAAUAGAGCGAAAUCCCCGUCUGGGGUAUUCCGAAGGUGUAACCUAGGCAACGAAAAAGGGGCCCGAUACUUCAACUAAAGGAGCGACCUGUUGGUUCACCAAACCCCGACCCAGUGUCACACGUUCUCCAGGUCCGAAGGGAUCCAGUGCCCAACUACCGACUCCUCCCGGAAUUGCGUUAUCGGAGCCGAGCCAGGAAUAGCCGUUAGUGGACACCUACCACUUUUCACCGGUUAGAGAGGCCCUCUUUAAUACAUUAAGAAAAUAUGUUCACAGGGGCCAGAAAGACUCGGUCAUAGGAACUUAAACCACCUACGCGCUGGUAAACGAAAACCACCUCGACCAGAUCUACCGAACGAAGAAGGCCGCCCCGUCGAAAGAAUUAACACGCCAAAAGGGCCACCAGCUUUCCCCAAAAAAAGGGGAGAUCCGCUGCUUACUGCUCACGGAAA